AUGCGGCGUCUGGGUCUACUGUACGAUGGCUGGUUGCGUCGGUCGCCCAUGGUAACCAAGAGCGUCACUUCGGCAGUGCUCUUUGGACUAGGAGACCGAGUUGCGCAGAGGAUGGAGAAGUCUGGCAAACAGGAGGACGAUGAUCCACGUGGCGAGGAAAGCGGAGACGACGGAGCAAUCGUAAGUGAAAGCACAGCUCGAACCAUGCGAAUGAUGAUCUGGGGGAGUGUUCUCUUCACUCCCGUUGCACACACGUGGAUAAACUUCAUUGAACGCACGGUCGGCAGUCAAGGGAAGGUCGUGGUUUUCAAGAAGAUGCUGCUGGACGCGCUUGUUUUCGCUCCAAGCAUCAACACGCUCUUCUUCACGUCGACGCAGAUGAUGCAGGGGAAAUCGAUUGGCCACGGUGUGGAUUUUGCAGCAGACCGAUUGCCACAGACGCUCAAAGCGAACUACAUGAUCUGGCCGGUUGCGAAUAUCAUUAACUACAGCUACGUGCCGCUGCAGUACCGCAUCUUGUUCAUUAACUGCGUCAACCUCGUCUGGACAACAGUACUCUCAACCAUUUCAAGCCGACCUGCAGCCGCUACUGUGAAGGAGAAGGGAGAGGUGAAGACUGUUAUGCCUUCAGGAGAGGAAGCGAUAGAGUGCUGA